AUGCCACCCAAAACAGGGCGAGGCCACAAGAUCACCGCCGCGCCCCGGACAGAGGCAAGCAGCAGUCGUACCACCGCCGCCGCCGCCGGCCCGUCGACGGCGUCGCCGUCCGCCCACAGGGUGCGCAAAUCCACCGGACCAUCCAGAGGCGGGAAGCGACCGGCCGGCGCGCCGAGAGACUCCGACGUUCAACCCGGCGAUCCCACCCCGACCGGUCGUCGUCGCCGCUACCGACCUGGCACCGUCGCCCUCAAGGAAAUCCGCAAGUACCAACGGUCAUAUGACCUCCUCAUUCAGAAGCUCCCCUUCGCGCGACUCGUCCGUGAAGUCGCACUCGAUAUCCUCCCCGCCGAGCGCGGCGCCGAGCUCCGUUGGCAGUCGCAUGCCAUCCAGGCCCUCCAGGAGGCCGCCGAGGCGUUCCUGGUGCACCUGUUCGAGGACACGAACUUGUGCGCCCUGCACGCGAAACGAGUCACCAUCAUGCAGAAGGAUAUCCAGCUUGCGCGACGAAUUCGCGGUGUGUGGGGUGGUUUGGGCUAG